UUUAAGCCAACCAGCGCGUCGAGCCGAGUUUCUACGCGCGAUAAUCGUUCCGUCUGCUCUAAGUACAGCUUGCAUCAAGGGCAAGCCUCAUAAGACGUCACAGUUGAUUUGUAGGUAACGUCGCGAUAGGUUUGGAACGAAUCAGGACAUGCCUGUUUUGGGGGAAACGGGGGCUCGGGUAGAAGCACGGCGUUUGACCCUACGUUCAACUGUCUUUAGAACCAAAUACCUCUUAUUUUGCCGGUUCCCGUAACACAAAUUUGUAUUUGAGAGGCUCGGAGCGACCCUGCGAGGAUGCACGCUGAGUGCCGCAAUAUUGCACAUGACUUCUUCAUCCCCUUAUAAAACCCCUUCCUAACCCACUUAGUUCUGCUUUCCAACCGAACGCCAUGACCCAUUUUCUAACAUACCAUGGAUGAAGUUGAACCUGCCCCAGGCGAAAGCCCAGGUGCAGAUGUCAGCUGGUUGCUCGAUCGCAUCCUUCAGUAUGAACGCCGUCCGAGAGACCUGACACAAUGGUGGGAGGAAGCCCAGCUUGCCGCACAAGACACGACUGAGAAAGUCUUCCAGGUUGACUUCCCCACAUGGCUUGCUUAUCGGCUUUCGCUGUUUGCAUCUUGUCAAAACUCCCAUUUUCAAGGCCAAGCGCAGCUUAUUGAAAAGCUUCAGUGGCUCGAGAAGCAGACCCAAGAUACGAAAAGGCAACUGGCUCAUCAGCUUUCGAGUAUUUUGUCGCCGGACACCCGGGAAAAAGUUGCCAAUUGGCAGAAAACGCAGUCAAACAAGCGAAAACGAACAAUCGAUGUGACUGAUGAUCCUGGCUUCACCUCGGCGACGGCGACGACGAGGGUAACCAGUCUGGCCCUUCCACAAAAUCAAGAAGACUCAGCCUUAUCUCCAAGGUCUUCCCUCGACACUACAACUGAGAAAUCGAACGUCGCUCUCAGCGCAUAUCUCCACGAAACUUGCAAACUCUUCCCGACUGGCUUUUCCCGUUCCAUAGUUAGGGUCCCUGAUCAUAAACGCGAGAGGCCUUGGGCUGCUUCUAUCGCCAUGGUUUCUCCGGAAAGUCCAUAUGCGGACCCCGCGUACGAGAUGCGAAUCGAGCUAUAUCCAAACAAAGUCCAAAACAUCGCCAGAGAUCUUUUUGGCGCAGUUCUCGAAAUAUCGAACGGUGUUACGUCCGUGCAAACCAAGGCGUUCAGUCUCGAGCCUGGGCCGUCGAUGACCUUGCGGGGGUGCCGUCCAUCAUCUAUUACAGAAAUUUUGGGUCCAGAAGUUGGCAAUGCGGUCAAAGCAAGCUUCAUUUACCAAGGCGAGAAGGCGCAUGAACUGGAAACCACGUCCAGUGUAUCGAUGGAAAUAUUGCGCGAUGCGAGCCAGCCUGGCACACUAUCCCUUAUCAUGGGUAUUCACGAAGGAUAUUCCAUUUAUAACAGGCUUUAUGUUAACAAUUCAUGAAACCCACCACUUCCCCUUCUCAUCACCCCCAAUGAAGAUUUCUGUGCCCGUUGGCAGUUUCCCUUGCUUGCUACAUUUGUCACACCUUUCGGUGGGCUCUUGUCUGUUGCCAUUUUCGUAAACCAGGUACCAGCAGUCAACGAGGUAGACCGUUUGGCCGUUGCCAGUAAUCCAUGUAGGAGGCAUUUUUGCGUGCUCGGGAAUCUCUUCCGUAAUGUCUGUGCAAUCGAAUGGCUGUCUACUGUUAGCAGCGAUGUGGGUUUUGUUGGAUCGCUGUACUAACCAUUGGAUUCUGUGCGGAAUGAGACUCUGAAAAAUGAAAUGCUUCGUCUGAUUCUGAACACUUGUGUGUACGGAUAUUUCUGGGACAGGAACGUCUGCUAGGAGUGCUUGGGUCGUCAAGGAGGGAAGGGAAGCCUCUAAUCUGGAAUCGAGUGUGUUGGGCGGAGAAUAGAAGGUAAGUGAGGGGCAGUAAGGUGGAGCGGUGCUUACCGCCCGUCUCACUAUUGAGCGAGGAUGGAUAUGCAAGAGUGAUUAAAGUAUAUAUGGGGCCCUCCUGACCAAUGAUUUGCUUUUCUUCAGGUGCUGGCACAACUUGCGAAUUUGCCAAACACGAACAAAGCAUAGAACACCAUGGUAAAAAUUUGUAUCAAGCCCUCUAGGACCCACCAAUCACUUCUAUAAAUUAACCUGGUUUAAAGGUAUUUCCAGCAACUCUAGGUAACGAU